AUGGCAGAGGAAUGCAAAACCCAAACCUCACGACUCGUGCGCGCUAACCAGCUCGACGUCGAUGUGGAAGCUUUGCCGCCAACACUGAACAUGGACAAGAAGGGCGGAGCAGCGCAACCGCCGUCGCCGCCGUCAAGGAUCCUGGCUCCGGCUGAGGAAGGCGCCACCAUUGAGACAAGGGAAACAACAAAAGCCAAUGAGAACUUAGAGUUUGGGGGCAGCAUUGCUGGCUUUGGUGUAAGCAUGAUGGUGGCCUGGUACAUUCUCUUCCCAGGAGAUAGAGGAGCACAUAAUCUACGGUGCAUCAUUCCGUUGUUCCUUGGCUUCGCAUGCCUCAUCAGUGGUGUUUGCCUGAUGCUGCUCAGCAUGAACCUGCUGGAGCUCCCACAACACCUUGUCUCCGAGAGCCAGCUCAUGGUUUCCAAAUACCUUUCCUGGUUAUGCAGCGCAUUGCCAGUGGUAACAUUGAUCAGCCCCUUUCUGCUCUCUGGGUAUAAGUUAUACAGGUACAUUGGCCUUGCCCUUCUGGUUGUGGUGACGGCUCCGCUUGCUGUAGUACGAUGGUAUGUGGGACUCAAAGCUCAGGGCGGUGACGAAGAGGCAGCACUCAGGGAGCACAAGGAACAGUUGGAAGCUGCCUUUAAGUUGGUGUCAGCCAUUAGCAACUCUGCCUUCACAGGCGUGGUUGCCCUGGUGGUCAAUUACAAUGUAACUGGUGGUUCAGGGAAGACCAAAAGUGUUGUUCUUGUAGCCAUCUUCUUGGUGUUCACUACUUUAAUCUGGGGUCUGCUCUACAUCGCGAUCCGUGACAAGGUACUGGAGAUCAACAGUCCAAGGCUCAGGGGAUGCAUCAUCAAAUGCAUGUCGCUAGCAAUUAUCUUCAUUCAUUUGCUGCUAGCCUGUGCAGUUCUUGCAGUGGCUUUCGAUAUAGUUGAGUUCUCCAUCUUCGCAGCAUUCGCCCCUUGGGUUUUUGCGGCGGCUGUCCACAUUUUCAAGGAGCACUGUGUUGGCCGUACAACAGCCCAGGACAGCAACCCGAGUGACUACCAAAAGGCACGCCUCAAGUGGAAGGCAGAGAUGGGGCACAAGAUCACAAUGUGGUCUUUUACGGCAAUCAUCGCCAUCUUUGGAGGGUUCCUUCAUGGGAAGGCUGAAUCUCUCAAGGCCUGCACCAUAUUAUUCACCUCAGCUUUUAUGUCCGGCUUUGCUCUCACGGUGGCCACCAUCAAGCCAGACUUGACCAGUGUCGGCCUCGCUGCAGCUACCACCGUACUCGAUUGGACUGCGAAGGCAACAUUUGCUGCGGCAAUAUUUGCUAUUAUCAUUGCAGUGGUCCUGGAUAUAUUUUGAAGCCUUGCUACUCCUGCAGUGUCAACCUUCUUCGAUGACGCACUCUGCACUCUGCACUCUCUGCACUCUGCACACCAUGUCCUUGCACCGGAAUAAAAGAAAGGUGAAUGCUUGAAGUC